UCAGCACGCUGACGUUUCAUGUUUCCUGCAGCUAUCAUACAUUCAGCCAUUAAUUUGUGCAUGGGAUGGGAUCCCAUCGGACUGCGGGAGACCGAAGGGGAGCAGGCAAGGAAAUGAAGUUUCACACGGAGAACGCAGGCACGGAUCUAUCUCCGCAGAUAGAUAUAUUCGGAACUGGCCGUGCGUAACGUUUUAUCUCUUUUUCGUUUGGGUUUUGUAACGUUAAAAGCAUGGCUUGGCCAUGUAUUAGCAGAGUUUGUUGCUUGGCUCGGUUCUGGAACCAGUUUGAUAAGUCUGAUCUGGCGGUACCGCUGACGAUCCCGAAUUACUCUGAUAUAAGAGAACAGGAUGCGCCCGCAUCCAUUAAGACGCACCUCCCAGCCGAUCGGACGCUACAGAGUUACUGUCCAACUCCCGAUCACAGAAGGUCGCCGUCGGUUCGGGAUCUGGCGGAGGCGAAGCGGCGAAUUGCGGGCCAGCACGAUGUGGAUGAGCAGCCCCUUCUCAGGACGAGCCUUUACAAGCAGGAUUUCAAACCCUGGCCCAUUCCUCGGAGACAUAACGUGUCUCCUGGCACAGAAAGUAAGACAAGCAUCCCCAGGAAGUAUUACCCGAAGAAGACCCAGAAGAGGCCAGAGAAAGGGGAGAGAGGACGAGGAAACCCGCUGGAACCGCGGGCAAAAGUGUUUAUAACGAGCUCCUACAGACAGGACUACCAGGACUGGACCGGGCCAAGUCUGUCGAGGUUAGCGGAGCAAAAGAAAAGCACCCCCCUGCCCACGGUCCCCAUGGUGACCAGUUACCGGGCGGCAUUCGGGGGGCACGGCCCGAGGGCGAUGGAGAAGCUGCGGGUGGAGAGACCUGCCCAGAGACUGCGCUCACCUCCGACAGGGAUCAGGACAGAGGGUGAAACAGUGAGAACGCAGAGGUCCUCCAAUCCGUCAGCCAUUUUUCAGAGCAGCUCUGUGAUGGUGCCCUCCACUGGAGCAACAGGGGAAGCGCAGCAGCUCCGUGCCUGCCUUCGAUGCAAGCAGGAGGGUGUUACUCCGUACAGAACACCUGCAUGUCAGUAACAUUCCGAUGCACUUGUCCCUGUGACUUAAAUUCUUGCUGGGCAUGCAGUUUAGGACCUCAGUGUGAGGUUCAGCAGUUUACAGUUGUUAGCACAGACUGAUCUGACCAGCAAAGUGUUUAUUCAUGGUCUCAGUAUUUAUUCUAUUUUUGUUCAGUUUCUGGAGAGUAUCGAUUGUUUAACCUUUUUGUAUGUUGUCUAUGUUUGAAAAAGGUGCGAAAGGAAAAUAUAAAUAUUACUUAUUUCUCUAAGUACUAAUAAAAAUUCUAAAGGUU